AUGGCUGGACCGCGCGUGCGCCUCGUGGUCACCGCAGACGACUUUGGUUACUGCCCGCGGCGCGAUGAGGGCAUCGUAGAGGCCUUCCUGGCGGGGGCUGUGACCAGCGUGUCCCUGCUGGUCAACGGCGCAGCUGCGGAGAGCGCGGCGGAUCUGGCCCGCAGGCACAAAAUCCCCACGGGCCUUCACGCCAACCUGUCCGAGGGCCGCCCCGUGGGCCCGGCCCGCCUAGGCGACUCGUCGCUGCUCAGCCCCGAAGGCUUCUUCCUCGGCAAGAUGGGAUUCCGGGAGGCGGUGGCGACCGGAGGCGUAGCUUUGCCCCAGGUGCGGGAAGAGCUGGAGGCCCAGCUGAUACGCUUCCGAGAAUUACUGGGCGGGGAUCCCACUCACGUGGACGGGCACCAGCACGUGCACGUGCUCCCAGGCGUGUGCCAGGUGUUCGCAGAGGUGCUGCAGGCCAAUGGGGUGCGCUUCACAAGGCUGCCGGUGGAACGUGGGGUGGGCGACCGCGCGUGGCUCGAGGCCCCCGCGCGUGCCUUCGCCUGCUCGGUGGAGCGCGACGCCCUGGCCGCCGUGGCCCCCUUCUCCCGCUACGGCCUAUGGUGGACGGAUGCCUUCGUGGGCCUGAGCACCUGCGGCCGGCACAUGUCUGUUCAUCGCGUAUCAGGAGCACUAGCACGGGCCCUGGAAGGCAUACCCACGGGCCAUACCCUGACAGCUGAGCUGAUGGCACACCCUGGCUACCCCAGUGUGCCUCCUGCCGGCGGCUGUGGUAAGGGUCCCGAUGCCUUUUCCUGCUCAUGGGAGCGGCUGCAUGAGCUGCGUGUCCUCACCGCACCCACACUGCGGGCCCAGCUUGCACAGGACGGAGUACAGCUCUGCGCUCUCCACGACCUAGAUUCCAAGAGGCCUGGGGAAGCCACUCUGAAAACCUUCCUGGAGCGUUCCCGGCCAUGACCCUGAUAGCCAGCCAAACAUAAACACCCAUUAGUACACAAAAAGGGGGCCAGUGUCAAGCCCUGGGACAUCCUGGAACCAGGCUGAGAGCCGGGGUCCAGUAACAUACUUCCCCGGGCAGGACCCUGUCACAUCUGUGUCCAGGUCCUCAUGGCUCAGAAUGGUGGCCAGAGCUUUGGCAACCCAUCUUGGCUACAGAUGACAUCUGGGCCUGGGGCCUGCCAAGCAUUUGGUGCCCUUCAAGUUGUCAUGUAAGUUAGCAUCUUCCUUGUCCAGAUGUAGUAGAGAUCGCUGUAUUAAUAAAAUAUUUGUCUUGUAAA